AAUAAUCGGCUGGCUGCCGGUCGGUCGCCAUAUUUGUGGCGAGCUAAAAGGAAUUUGCUCUCAAGAAAUUUCGUCGUUAUCGGCGAAAGGGAGUAGUAUUACUCCCUUUUUUGUGUUCAAAGUUUCGUGUUCGUCUAUUUACCGCGUGGUAAAGAUUAUUUGUAUAGAAUAAUAUAUUUUUCUUUGUUUUGUAUUAUAAACAUGGCUUUCUAAAAUGUCGGCCUUGCACGUAAUAUCGUUAUCUCCUUGCGGAGUCUCCCGCUCAGCUGUUUUUGUGGAUGUUGGAGGAGUCCAAAAUGGACAAGAAAUCUUUGAACCGAUCGUCUCAACCACAGUCGAGGGCAUCAGCCAUCGACUGUAAGAAAAAUACUGAAUUGACCAACAAACCUUGGCCGCGAAACAACAAGAAACGUGAAGGUCCUGGAAGUGCUCCUAAAAAUGAAACUUCUAGGAAAAAUGUCCCAUCACAGAGGGGCAAGGGACAGUUCGAUAGGAGACCAAGACCUCGUGGUUCUGGCACUUAUGCUAUGGGUGGAACGCCGAACACCAGGGUAGAGGAAGAUGAUGAGCCAGAAAUUGGUUCAGUUUUUGUGCCCGGAAGCAAAAAACAUAACUUGAAUCACUUGCUUAACUUUAUGUACCCAUCCCGAGGGGUACUUGAACGCAGGGGUCCUCAACCACGGCGCCAAGGUCAACAGUAUCGUGGGCCAUGCCGACACGAUCAUGAUCUCUACCUGAGAGCCUAUUGCCAAUUUGUGGUUAAGGAAGAUGGAGAUUAUAAAGCUAACUUGUUGGACCCUGAUAUACCUAUGAAGUGGGAUCAAAUUGAAGAAAUUGUGGUAAGAGGCACGGGGCGUUCAGAAUGCCCCAUCUGCCUGGGCCCGCCGGCGGCGGGGCGCGUGGGGCUGUGCGGCCACGUGUACUGCUGGGCCUGCGUGCUGCACUACGCGGCCGCGCACGACAAGCAGCCGCCGCCCUGCCCCGUCUGCACCACGCCCCUGCAUGUCAAGGACAUGAAGCCCACCAGAAUGGUGCAGUGGGGUUCUCCCACUGAAGAGGUAACAAUGCGUCUGGUUCGCCGUUUGCGAGGUUCCACAACAGUGGAAGAGGCGCCCAUUCGUGGGCUAGUAACAGAGGCUGCACCAUCUAUCAUGCCUCUUGAGAAAAUCUCAAAUGCUCCAUACUGUAAACUUUUCUCUGCCACAAAAGACCAGAUCCAUGAAAUACUUAAAAGGGAGAGGACUGAAAUAGAACAACAAAUCCUGGCAGAAAUUGACACAACUGAAAUUGUUUUCUUAGAGCAAGCUUUAGAAAUGCUCAAGUUGAAAGAAAACAAUAUUAAUGUCAAGAACAAUGAACCUAAAUUUCUAGAAGACAAAAAUGAAGACAUAGCUCCUACAGUGUAUCAGAAACAGGAAAUCAAUCAAAACAAACUUGACUGGUUUGAUGUGAAUGAAGAAGGGGCUGCAGCCAUUGAAACAAUUCAAAAUGAUAUGGAUGAACUAGAUCUUGAUGCAGUGGAUUCCAAUUUGAAUCCUGAAGCUCCGUCAUUUGAAUUAGAUGAAGUACAACCAGAGGAAUUUCCACUUACAGAAUAUCUACCUCAGGAACCUGAACAAAUUGAUAAUGCAGUUACAGACAUUGAUAAACUCAAUCAAUCUAAAUACUUUUAUUUCUAUCAGGCUGAAGAUGGCCAGCAAGUGUUUCUCAACAGUCUAAAUGUGCGUAUUCUGAAUGCUUCAUGGGGCGCAUUGGCUGCGGCACCACAGGUCAUACACGGCCGUGUACUACACCGCGAGACUUUCUCGCUUAGUGAACAAACUAGGAAACAUAUGCCGUGUACUGCACAUUUACCUCUUUAUUGUGCUUAUGAUGUGGUUGAAUUGGAUUUGCAACCACCAUACGUUUCGACAGCGGCGUUACAAAGCUUCACAGACGAAUUAGAUCGCCGCGCAAGAAUUCGCGCGCGUCAUGAACGGGAUGAGAGGCGCCGCGAGCGUGCUUACCGCCGCACGAUGGAGGGGCCACCGAAGCCCGACGUGUUUUCUGAAGUAUUGUUUCCACCAGCCCCGCCAUCUUUCUCCAGCCCGCCACUGGAGCCAGGCCCUCUGGCUGCAUUUGAACAGGCCAGUCCAUCGACAAGCGUCGGAUCUCCACCACCUGGACCAUCGUUUGCCAAGAUGGCGAGCACGAGCGGCACGUGGCGCGUGCGUCACAAGGCGGCGGAGACGACGCCGCUGCCCGCGCCCGACGCGGAGGCGGGCGCCCCGCGCGCGCUCGUGCUCAGCGACGCUAUAGAAGCUGCUCUGCACGCUGCCUCCGCUCCCUCUGCCAAGAAAAACAAAAAGUCCAAGCAAAAAGUACUCUUUGCAACAGGGAUGCAGCGCGCUGCUUAAUAGAUUUUGUGAUUCCUUUAUUUACUUCUUGUUAAAUAAUUUAAUUUUGUUACUGAUUUUGGUUAGAGAGUAUGCACAUUGCACAUACAAAAAAAACCUUUUCAUGCUAUAAUUAUGUUACAAAUUGUAGAUGUAUUAUGAAAAUACUUACAAUUCAUGGCAAAUAUAUGACUUGUUGCCCAUAAUUAAAUAUUUAUUAUGUCAACUAUAUAAUAACUAUGGUUUCUAAUACUUAUAGAUUUAAUUGAAUGUCUUACUGUUCAUUCUACACUUAUCAAUUGUAAAAAGGCAAGUUAUGUAAAACCUUUCUUGCCAUAUUUGUGUAUUGACAUUUUUUUGGUUAAAUAAAAUUGAGUACCGA